GUGCUCAUUUCCAUCACGCGUUGCUGUUAAAAUUAUUAAUUUAUUUGUCAAAAGUAAAAUUAAAAGUGAAAGAAAGUGAAAUGUCCAAGGAUUAUCUAGUGGAGAUUCCCAUUGAUAAGUGGGUGGAAUUACGUGAUAUGUUCAAUGGUGAUUGGCCAAAAAACAUUGUAAAUUACUUUACAAUUGACAACUACAUAAAGUGGCGUGAAAAAUCCAAUGAGAUCGCCAACCUGCACUUCUACAGUCUCAAUGGGGAAUGGAAGAGCGAUGCUACAGUUCUCAUUGUGGAUCGGUAUCAGUUGUUUGUCUGCAGUCUCGAUGAAACGAAUUCCCAGCUGAAGAGAGCUCUUGAACUGCUGGAUUGGCGUAUGGGCUACAAAAUAAGCUCCUUUGUGUCUAAACAUCGUCCGGCGAUUCUUCAUUUGGUGGAAUCUAGAAGAUUGGAAAAGGAAUACGAUAGUAAGACGGUUCUUUACUACCUACCACGUCAUUUAGGGGAGACCGUGUUAGUGGAUUGCCCAAGUGAAUUUGAACUUCGCCCCAUGGUGAAGGAGGAUGCUGUUCUUGCUGAUAGUGUAUGGCCAAAUCGUCAUGUUGGAUCACUAUUCUUCCUGAAAAGACUCAUUGCGUGGAAUCCAAAUGUUGGAGCCUACACAAAGGAUGGAAGACUCGUAGCUUGGUGCUUUCGACUCCAAGCUGGUGCUCUGGGUGCUCUUCAAGUGGAUAAGGAGUACCAACGACGUGGUUUGGGUACACUCAUUACUAAAGCUAUGAUUAGGAAGCUGUGUGAUCUGAGAAUGGAUACUUUUGCCUUUGUGAAUUGUGACAAUGCUCCAUCGAGGAGAAUGUUUGAGAAAUUAGGAUUUAUUGAGACUGAUUAUGUAUAUUGGCUACGUACCCUGCCCACGGAUCCAACAAUUCCUCCAUGGAGUGAUUAAGGAAACAUAACCAAAAGUUUUUUUUUUGCAAGGGUUUCAUUAUUUAAUAAGAUAUGAGAAAAUUAGGCUUAGAACAACAUCUCUUGUGUGUAUUCGUGUGUUAAUAGUUUUGUUUAAAAUACAUUGUUUCUACAUAUUAAUAAAGCUCUGGAAGCACAUAAAAUGAAAAUGGUAAGUAUAAAGACAAAACACAAAACAUAAAAAAAAACUAAUUCAACAUUCUGAAAGACUUGAAAAUUAUUUGAAGAAUUAAUUUAAUUAUGUGAGCUUUAAUGUUUUGCACUAUGUACAAUUGAUUUUUUUUUUCUUGCAGAAUUUUCUACGUAAAGAGCAGCAUGUUGGCUUUCGAAUGUCUUGAAAUCUGCAAAGAAAUUGUUUCUUUGUUAAAUUUAUUUUUUCCUUUUAAUCUAUUUAUUCAUAAAAAAAAAUCUCUUUUAAAUUUCUUUUAGUCUAUCAAAAUAAUAACAUACAGAGCAAAUUAUGAGAAAAAACACAAUAUUUGUUGUUCUAAGAAAUUAAAGAUAACCCCAGACAUUCCCCCAAAAAUUAACAAGAUGGGGAAAAAAGCAAAAAAAAAUGUUGAUGGAAAUAAAUUUAAUGAAUUGCAA